AUGCCGCUCUAUUCCGUUACUGUAAAAUGGGGAAAGGAGAAAUUUGAAGGUGUAGAAUUGAAUACUGAUGAACCUCCCAUGGUGUUCAAGGCUCAGCUUUUUGCGUUGACAGGAGUCCAGCCUGCCAGACAGAAAGUUAUGGUGAAAGGAGGAACAUUAAAGGAUGAUGACUGGGGAAACAUUACAAUAAAAAAUGGAAUGAAUCUGCUAAUGAUGGGCUCAGCAGAUGCGCUGCCAGAGGAACCCUUGGCUAAAACUGUCUUCGUAGAAGACAUGACUGAAGAACAACUAGCCUCUGCGAUGGAAUUACCAUGUGGGCUGACAAACCUAGGGAACACUUGUUACAUGAAUGCUACAGUUCAGUGUAUCCGGUCUGUGCCUGAGCUCAAAGAUGCCCUUAAAAGGUAUGCAGGUGCCUUGAGAGCAUCAGGAGAAAUGGCUUCGGCUCAGUAUAUUACUGCAGCCCUUAGAGAUUUGUUUGAUUCCAUGGAUAAAACUUCGUCUAGUAUUCCACCCAUUAUCCUCCUGCAGUUUUUGCACAUGGCUUUCCCACAGUUUGCAGAGAAGGGUGAACAAGGACAAUAUCUUCAACAGGAUGCAAAUGAAUGUUGGAUACAAAUGAUGCGAGUAUUGCAGCAGAAAUUGGAAGCCUUAGAGGAUGAUUCUGUUAAAGAGACAGAUUCUUCAUCUGCAUCAGCAGUGACACCUUCCAAAAAGAAAAGUUUAAUUGAUCAGUUCUUCGGUGUUGAGUUUGAAACUACCAUGAAAUGUACAGAAUCUGAAGAAGAAGAAGUUACUAAAGGAAAGGAAAAUCAGCUUCAACUUAGUUGCUUUAUCAAUCAGGAAGUCAAGUAUCUUUUUACAGGACUGAAGCUGCGACUUCAGGAAGAAAUCACUAAACAGUCUCCAACGUUGCAAAGAAAUGCUUUAUACAUCAAAUCUUCCAAGAUUAGCCGGCUACCUGCUUACUUGACUAUUCAGAUGGUUCGAUUUUUUUAUAAAGAGAAGGAAUCUGUUAAUGCCAAAGUUCUUAAGGAUGUUAAAUUUCCUCUUAUGUUGGAUGUUUACGAACUAUGUACGCCGGAACUUCAAGAAAAAAUGGUCUCUUUCCGAUCAAAAUUCAAGGAUCUAGAAGAUAAAAAAGUGAAUCAACAACCAAAGAUAAGUGACAAAAGUAGUCCUGAGAAGGAAGUGAAGUAUGAACCCUUCUCUUUUGCUGAUGAUAUUGGCUCCAAUAACUGUGGCUAUUAUGACUUACAAGCAGUCCUGACCCAUCAGGGAAGAUCUAGUUCAUCAGGCCAUUAUGUGUCAUGGGUAAAAAGGAAACAAGAUGAAUGGAUUAAGUUUGAUGAUGAUAAAGUCAGCGUUGUCACACCAGAAGAUAUCCUGCGGCUUUCUGGCGGUGGAGAUUGGCACAUAGCUUACGUUCUGCUUUAUGGGCCUCGCAGAGUUGAAAUAAUGGAAGAGGAAAGUGAACAGUAAACAUUUUAGCUAUUUAUGCUUAGGUGUGAAAUGUUACUCGUUGAUCAUUUCUACAAUCCAGAGCUUUAGAAGAAGAUAAUUAGGUGGUUUUAUGUGUUUCUUCUCAUGUGGAACAAAAGAGUAGGAGGAAGCCUACAAACCACUCUAUCAAUGUAAAAAAAUUAUGACAGAGAAAAUAUCUUUGGACUGUGCUGCCCUCUGUAAUGUGGCAGGAAGAUGUUUUAUAAAAGCUUAUUUCUUGCAUAAUUUUUAAAGUCCAAGGUGAAAUGCCUUUCAACUAUUUCCUUCUGUGAUAAUUUUUCUCCCUGCCUUUCACAGCCCAGGACUCAGCUAUCAGAUGUUUAUCACACAACUGUUGUUUUUUUGCAUGGUUCAGAUCACCAUUCGGUAGCAUCCCAUCCUUUGCCUUAUCUAACAAUUUUGCCCGGAAGGUGGAAAGAAGUGUUAACUCCUGUUGUGUACCUCAGUGCUGUCCACUCCCCAAAGAAACAUGGGCACAAUCACGUGUUGUCCAGCCCAACUGGCUGACUUGAGUCUGUUUUGUUGCUGGCUUUUCAAGACUUUAAAAUAAAUUGUGAUCAAUAAUAGUACAUCUGUUUAAACAUUUAUUGUGUCUCUGAUGUACUGUGGUUUGCACAUUUAACUUUGCAGUGGUUUUCUAGCAGUCAGUCAUAAAAAAUGUUGGUUCUGUUUGCAUAUUUUUAGAAAAUGAGGAUCUUUAAUAAAAAAAGGAGGAAGGAGGGGAGUAACAGCUUUUGACCUCAGAGUGUUUUGU